AUGCUUCUCAAGGCUAUCGCUCUUCUUCCUCUUACCGCUCUUGCGGCUCAGGCUGCCACCAUCGGUAGCACCGCCUCUCAAGCCCCGAUCACAGGCUACAGUGUCUACGUUCCUGAGUGGGAGGUCCAGGCCUUCCCCGGAGGAGAGACUCAGAUCAUUGGCGGGACUGUAGAGCAGGUCUUGGACGAGCUUCGCAAAAUCAACCCCAACUAUGACGAGGACUUCGGCAUUGGGAACGUCACCGAGUCUGGGCUGACCGACAUUGUGCGUCCCAAGGCCGACUUUGAGGGAGCCGCAACUGUAUGUGACGGCUGGGAACUCGCGAACACCGCCCGCAUUCGCGAGGGAAUCUCCCAUCUCGACGGUGUCGAUGGGAAGCCUCACAGGGGUGCCGGCCCUGCCAGCUGCGGACGUGUCUCUUGCAGCUACAACUCGGCAAUUUGGUGGUGCAACGAUGACACCAAGGCCAAGGAGCUCAACUCCUUCCGCGAGAUCUCUGAUGGCGCGCUCUAUGUCAUCAAGAAGUGCCGUGUUGGCGAGAGCACCAGAGUCGCUGGCCAGGCUUUCCACAAGGACAAUUGGAACGUCAUCUCUUGA